GCCGGGUACCAUAUAAUGUGUUUUCUAACGUUGUGUGCAGGUACUCCUGGGUGUGGUCUGGUUCUUAUAAAGAGGGUUUCCUAAGGAGCUGCAGCAGACACUCUGAUCUCUGUCUUUACUCCAGCUGCAGCAUCUACUCCAGACUCUUCAACCAGAACUAAACAUGGACAGCAACUCUGGUUUGAUCAGAAACAAUGAGGAAAUGAGGAUCGUGAUGGUGGGGAAGACUGGGAUUGGGAAAAGUGCGACUGGAAACACCAUUCUGGGACGAGAGUGCUUUAAAUCAGAGUCAGAGUCUGUGACUACAGACUGUUCCAAGGGCAAAGCUGAGGUGGAGGGGCAACAGGUGGCUGUCAUCGACACCCCAGGCCUGUUUGACACCAGGUUUGACAUGGAUAGAGCAACUAAAGCUAUAGACCAGUGCGUCUCUUACGCUGCUCCUGGACCCCAUGUGUUCCUGGUGGUCAUCCGGCUGGGCAGAUACACUCCAGAGGAAAAGCAGACAGUGCAAUGGAUUCAAGACAUCUUUGGACAGGCUGCAGACAGAUACAGCAUGGUCCUCUUCACUCAUGGAGACCUUCUUAAAGACACAACUAUUGAAGACUUCUUGAAGGGUUCCCCAGACCUGCAAGAACUCGUGACCAGAUGUAAUGGCCAGUACCAUGUCUUCAAUAAUAAGCUGAGGGAUCGCUCUCAGGUCUCUGAGCUGCUCCAGAAGAUCAGAAGUCUGACCCAGAAGAACGGAGGAAGCCACUACACAAACCAGAUGUUCCAAGAGGCUGGAAGGCCCUCAAAGUAGUGAACAUGGAGACAGAAUGCUUCUGGUUUGGGAAAAAAGAGAAAAGACCCAAAGAACAACAGGAAUUAGAGAGAAAACUUCAGGAAAUAUAUGAAAAACAUAAGAAAAUGAUUGAACAACUUCAGGCUGAGAGAAAGAGGGAGAGGAAAGAGAGAGAGGAGGAGAGGAGAGGGAGAUGGAGGAAAGAGAAGAAGAGAGGAAAGAGAUAGAGGAGAAGAGGAAGAGGGAGAGGAGGAAAGAGAAGCAGAGAGGAAGAGAGAUGACGAGGA